UACCCGCGCGAGCCGAGGUGCGUUACACGCAGAAGCACUCUUACGGAUAAAACUUGUUAAAUUAAGCUUUUUACACGCUAUAACGCAUCAUUUACAGGAGCGAGAAAAUCCGAAAGCGAAAAAGUUUUACUGGGAUAAGGAAGUCAGAGACAUUGAAUGCAAAGGAUGGCUGAAGAACAACGCUGUGCUGCCUUUAUUGAUGACAUGAGGGACGAGCUUAUCCAGAAAUUUCACUCAGUGAUGCGUCUGGCUGAUAAGCUGUUGCAAAUGAAGCAUAUCGAUCAAGAGGCCUAUGCAGAUAUUUCUGUACAAAGUACCAACCAAAAUAAGAUGAGAGAACUCUAUAAGUCGUUAAACAACGCAGCAAGCAAAGCUGCAUUUUAUGAAGCCCUGCGCCACUUAGAUUUUUACCUCUUUAAGGACCUGGAGGAGAAAUACAGCAGAAAAGGCUCACAGAGAGCGGAUAAUGAAACCGGCACGAAUCUUAAAGAACGAUGGCAAAAAAACAGCAAAAAACAUAGAACCAAAUUUGAGGACCUCCUCAAAGAUCCUGAACUGGAGAGCCUAGGAAACGGGAAACUUUUCCUGUGUGCAAAGAGUGAAUACAAGAUAGGAAGUGGAGCAGAAGGAACCCAUGUAUAUAUAGGAAUGAGGGAUGAUGGUACUGAGGUAGCAGUUAAACGAAUGAUCAAGGAUAACCAUAAACAGCUGAAGGAUGAGAUGAACAUACUGCGAGACCCAAAGCUGGAGCACAAGAACAUCGUGAAAUAUCUAGAUUUCACAGAAGACCGGCAUUUUGAUUACCUCUGUCUCCAACUCUGUGAGUAUGAUUUUGAAGACUACAAGAAAACAAAAGAACUGGACCAGGAUGCUUUGAAGAAAGUGACAAACGAAGUGCUUCUUGGAUUGCAAGCCCUCCACAAUGCUGGUAUCAUCCACCGAGACUUAAAACCCAGCAAUAUUUUAAUUGAUGUAGAAGGAAACGUGAGAUUAGCUGACUUUGGAAUAAGCCGCUUUGUAAACCAAGGUGCAAGCACGGUGCACACCUCAAGAGCCGGUACCCGAGGCUGGGAGGCGACAGAGGUGAAAGGGAAGGCAGAUGGAAGGUGUGGAUACAAAACAAGCACCGACAUUCAGGUGGCUGGAAUGUUGGGGUAUUACAUCCUCUCUGGCGGUAAUCAUCCUUUCGGCACAUCUUAUGAAGUAGAAGAUAAUAUUCGGAAAGGAAAUUACCAACUGGAUGAAAGAACUGAUGUGGAAGCAAAAGAUCUGAUUGAGAAAAUGAUUGCACAUGAACCACAAGACAGGCUGAGUGUCAAAGAGGCAGUAGAGCAUCCUUAUUUCUGGAACGAUGAUGGGAGAGAUUCAUUUUUGAGAAUCAUCGGCGACAACGAAGCCGUCCAGAAUUACAAAGCACCAGAUGCUAAGCUUCUUGAAGCUGUGGGAAAAUACAAAAAGUUUUCUGAAUGGAAAUCUAAGAUUACAGAUUUACAAAAACGUGAAAUAAACAUUCGAGAUGAUUUACUUGGCCUGCUGCGUUUUCUGCGUAACAGAUUGGUGCAUCAACAAGCCAAAUUCUAUGAAAACAACAUGUAUAAGGAUUUGUUUCCAGAAUUCUAUAUCAGCGCAAACCAGUUGGCCAAAGAUAUGGGUUGGAAAUAGCAAGCUGCAUCAGGGACAUCAUUUAUGUUUUCAUCUUUGACCUCCCCAGAUUUCCCUUAGGCCAGUGUUGCAGCUUUUAACUAUACAUACCUUUUCACUUUCUUUUUUUUUUUUGCCCACCACCACCAGUAUUUGUGGCAAAAAUCUUCUCUGGGUGUGAUUGCUAGUUCAUCUUCCCAUUUUUUACUUGAUGUGGUAAUUGUCGACUUGGAUUUGGAUAUUAUUUUAUAUAUUUUGGAUAGGACUUUAAUUUGUGGUGAGAUAUUCAGAAGUCCAGAUACUAAUGGGGCGAGGUCUAAUAUGUUGUCUUUUAGGUUGAUUUUAGAGCAUAUAAUGGAGUUUAAGUGUUUAUUUUCUAGUCCAUGCUUCUCGGCUAGAUAUGUCACACUGUAUUGAAAAAUGAAUUUUUUUUUUUUAUUAAAUAGCUAGUUUAUGGUCACAUCAGGUCACAAUUCUUUAACAUUUUUAAAAUUUUGAUCAUUUCAGAAUGCAUCUGCAGACAAAUAUAUAUAUGAAAAUGCUAAAUUAUUUUUCAUGAGUAUUAGUUAUUUCUGCAAUAUGUGCAAUGGCUCAUGCUUACACUUGGUGGCAGCACACUAUAUGAAAAGCCUGUGUGACUCUGUACCUGCCCACCACUGUCUCCUCAAGUCAGGUGCAUCUGGAACACAGUUUGAUGAGUAUAUUUAGUUAUAUAUUUAUCAGUAGGUUGGACAUUGUUACAACCCCAAUUAUUCUAGGGGUAUGUGGGGAAUAACACUCAUUUGAUUAUUAAAAAUAUCAGUUGUGUGUGUGUAGUCAGGGACCAUCAACCAGUAGUGCAAAUCAACCAGGUGAUUUAUUUAUCUAUAUACAAGUGGAAGAGUGUGUGGUGCCAAGUGAUAGUGAUAGUAUUUACAAUUUAUUUACAAUAACAAGUAACAAGACACAAAAGGGGGAAAGAUACGCGAGCGGCACCAAAGCAACGAAAUGAACAAAACAAAAACAAGUCUAACUAGUUCCAAACCCUCUAACCUAACUAUAACAAAAGAUAGCAAAAUAAGUCUUCAGUGUCCAGGACGUGCUAACUAACCUACUCUAUCUAUCCAAACCAAAAUGUACAGCGGAUGGUGCUCACUCCUAGCCUAAUGUGUCUAAUACAGAAAACGGAAUUCCUACGUGCUGUACAAUGUAUGUCAUGUGACUUACUUACCUGUCCACUUUUCCCCAACACUAAAGUCACACGAACACUAAGUUUAACUACACAAAUCAACUCCCCAUGAAUGAAUGGCUGCGGGUUUUAAAUAGGCGGGGUGAGAGGUUGAUUGGUCGUCACGGCCAAUGACAUCAGCGACGGACAGGAGCGUUAUCCAAUGAGGCAGUGCUGCAGAGAGAGAGAGAAAGAGAGGGAGGGCGAGAGAAAAGGGGAGAGAACAAAACACAAAAACAUGCGAACAUACCCCAGAACGUAACAGACAUUAACAAAUAAAAUUGGUAGAAAAACCAAAUUAUGGUUAAAGCAUGAUUUUCUAGUCAUUUUAUCUUUAUUCCAGUCAAGAAUUCAGCCACAGGGACAUCUGAUGGGUUUUCUCAGACUGCCACAUAUUUAUGUUGCCAGUCAGCAUCACUGCCAGAAUAUGUCAAAAAUAUCAAGCUUAUUCAGGUUAUUCUUUGAAAAAUGUUGUAGUCAAGUAGGUACUAUCCGUGUUAUUUUUGGAAUUUUUGCACCAGUCUUCCUCUGCAUUUUUUAUUUACUUUGUAACAUGAUGUUUGUGAAUACUAGUAGAAGGAGGAAGACAAGUGAAAAUAGUCAGUCAACCAGGCUUAACUAGACUGGCAAAUAGGGAACUAAUAAACAAAUUAGAGGUCUGAUCAGGAAGACAAAAACAGAUAAUCAAAAGCGUUAGUAACGUCACAGAUUACAAUGAUUGCAAUGACUACAAUGAUUGCAUGCUCACUAGCUGUGUUGUGUAGAAUCAAUACACUCAGGUUUGCAACUUAUUACAGCAGAUUAUUACACAGGUAUCUGAUGGAAAACAAGUCACAUGUGGACACUCAGUGUGUGAGAGCAGUUUGCAGGCACACACUGACUUGAUGCUUAUCAAAUGGGGCAGUUAAAUAUUAACAGAUGCAAAAGAACUAGGAAUAAGAACAUAUAUAGCUGGGGGAAAACACUAUAUAGACCGAAGGGGAAAUAUUAGCUGCUGCUCUGAAUUUAGCUAGCUCGUAUGCUGCAUGUCCAUUCAUCCAACACAAGGAACUCAUUUAACUUUAAAUGUAAAAAUGAAAAAAUGCUUAGUUCUUAGUGAUUAUUUCUUAGAUUAGUGCUUAUUUCUUACUUAAAAAUAAAAUACUGGUAUACAAUAAUUAAUAUGCUUUAGAGAUUAAACCUUUAAUGCCUAUAGAGUGUACACUGGGUAAUGUAGGUGGUUGUGGCAUGACCUUUACUCACUCCAGUCCAGACUUGUUUUCAAGACUUACUCAGCUGACAUAAUAGGUUAAACCUGCAGUGUGUCAGGUUUAUAUACAUUAAAACAAUAUUUCAAAGGCACAACCUGUAAAUUUCAUCUUGAACAUCUUCAGAAAUCUUGUGAAAACAUUCAGUGGGUACCUAUGAAGUACAACGUCUUCACUUUAUGACAACUGAGAACGGCAUAUUACUAUUACAAAACAAAGGAGUUUGAUGGAUUAGUACUCCUGCAUCAAUGUCAAUGAGAGGCGUAAACAUGUACUUCAUCAAAGACAUUUCCUAACAGAGUGGAACAAUUCAAUCCAUUUACAUGAUGAAUCCAAACAAGUAUUCACCUCAGAUCUGUUUGAUCUGUAUUGUAAACAAAGCCUUGUAUGUUUUAUAAAUCAACCAAUAAGUUCAUGAGAGCACAACGAGUCCUGAAAAAGUAAACAGCAUGCACAAAUGUCCAACCCAGGUAUUUAUUAUGAAAAUGCAUGUAUCAUUACCGGCACCUAAAUACUUGUAAUGAAAGUAUAUGCAGAAAACAUCCAAUGACUUCGUCAUACAG